UUACAUUUCACUCAUAAAAAUGCGAAAGUUACCCUGCUAGAUACUGUACUAUCAACCCAUUACUUCUUAGAAAUAGAAUCAAUUCUCUAAGUAUAGUCUAACUGUUCUGAUUAUUUGAUCAUUUAUGUUAUGAACUUGGAAGAAACUGUUAACACCCAACAGACUACUUCACUGUCCUUAAAACAAAUUUAUGCCUUUACAACUAAUUCUAUAAUUCUAUUGGCUAAAAUACUUCAUCUCAAUAUAACAGCAGCAGACGUAAUUUAUGCCAAUUAUCAAUUUCACUUUCUCCUGAACUUCUUUUUUCUCUUUUGUUCCUUAUCAAUUUGCAAUUUUUUUCAGACGACGAUAUGAAUGAAGAAAGUGUGCAAUGGAAUGUACAUGCGACAACCGAUGUCUUGACACCUAACGUGGAGUUUGUAGAUGACCCACUCUCGCAAGAGC